UGCUGCCAAGGUUGCUUAUAUGGAGUUAGCAAAAUGCAAAUCCUUCCAUACGAGUUAUCCUUUGACUGUGUCCUCGGACUUGGAAGGUGAAAUUUUCAAAACUGAGAGUUGCUUGGAUUCACUGUCUAUUUCUCAUUCAGCUGCGACAUCAACUGUGAAAGAUGUUCACCAGCCUGAAGAAAGCAAAAGAAAGACUCAUCAGCUAGGUGACUCAACUAUAUCCUCGGAAACAAAGGAUGAGAAGCUCAGUUUUUCUCCUUGUGAAAGCUUGCUUUCCGUUGCUAAAAAGCGAGGAAACCCCACGGUUGGAUGUCCGCCAAAUUCAACUUCAGUUUUGAUGAGUUUUGAGGUGGAGGAUGAAGAAAAAGAAGAUGAAGAGAUGGUUCACUCUAAACAUGCAUCUGCACAGUCCAUAGGUGCUGAAAAGUUUAAUGCAUCUUCACUUUUGCGGAGCGUGCAUGAGCUCAGUGUAAAUGAAAAUUCACCUUCUUCAAUGGAAUCAAUGGUCCAUUUACCUAAAGAAACUAUAUCAUCAGCUGCAAUGGCACCAACCCAUUCCUCUACUGUAUCGAAUGCAAAUUCUAGCGCGAGAAAGACUGCAGAAACCAAAAGUUACCUCCUUUGUAACAGGGUCACAGUGUACAAAUCCAUUCCAGAUGAAGUCCCCAAGGGUACUAUUGUGCUUCCUAUUGGUGAAGAUAAGUGGGUUGUUGUGAACUUGGAAUUCCCCAAUGAGAAAGUGUAGCUAAUUAAGUACUACAGUAGAUACAUGUUACUUACAUUUAUCCUCCUCUUAAACAUAGAGGCUAAACUGAAACAAGGAUGACUAUAGUGUAUCUAUUUAAGGAACUUCUCUGUAAUAUUCUCUGAAACAUAAAAGUGCUGUUUUGGAAGUUAAGUUGGCUAUUAAUAUGAUAUAAACAG